AUGAAAGAGGAAAAUGGAACGCUCGAUGAUCAAGCCACAACGCCCAAGGAGGUCGACGGCAAAAACUAUCCCGCCCUUCCACAUCCCUCUUUCUACGACACACAAGGCUGCGAGUUCAAGCCGCCCCCCGAUCGCGUUGACUCGGUGAAUAUUUAUCUAUUUCUUUCCUUAAGUCGUUAUUUAUCUAUCUAUUUUUUCCUGGAGGGCGCCGUGCCGCACAAGAAG